AUGGAGAUCUACCGAGCAGCGGUGCCGCAGCCAAAGCUGCCCGCGUCGCAGACGAUCACGGACCACCAUGUCAAAGAGCUGCGGCAGAAGGCGAGGAAGCCUUCAGUCCUCCAGGAUGGUUUGCAAUGCUCCUUCUACUACCACCAGUCGCACUGCCAUGUGCCAGACCUUGGCAGACUGACACCCGAACACCACGUGAUUGUGCCGAAGGUGGAUGGGUUUCCCGGCAUCCGCCAACAUGAUCACUUCUGCGUCAGGUGCGCCGGGUUCCUGAAUAUCAGGAAAAGAGGCCAUUACUAUUUCUACACUUCCUCAGACGAUGGCUCCUUCCUGUUCUUAAACGGGCACAGGAUCGUCGACAACAACGGUUGUCACGGAAACAGGGAGCGGGGGAGUCAUCGGAAGUGGCUGGAAGCAGGACGGCACCGCUUGGUGGCGGACAUGUGCUGCCCGGCUUCGGCUUGCCCAUAA